AUGAAGAAGAGCAUAUCCUUUUAUGUCUCUUCUGAAAAUCCACACACAACUUUGUUUUCAGGUCAUAGCAACGCAGAUUGGAGCCAUGGGAACUAUAUUGCACGCAAGAAGGGAUGUCUGUUGACAAGGAAGGAAGACGGGAUGUCUGUUGAACUAACAUUUAGUGUCUCAUGUGUCAGUUCUCAUGUUCCCUCGAAGCAUCGGGUUCGCUCACUUGGUCUUAAAGAUCAUUCUUCGGAGGUGUUGAAGGAUAUAGAAGCGGCUGUGAUUGAGAAUCGCCUUUGGUAUAUGUUGAAAGGAUAA